CAUUUCUCUUCACGGGCUGGGCGUGUUUCGGUUCUGCUAACGGUAUUGGCUAGAUUCUAGAACAGUUGUACAUACAGAGUUGUACAAUAGAUAGUCUCUGUUGGAAAGGAAGUAAUGAAGAACUUGCACUAGCUAGACUACUUUUCUGUGAGAAUCUUGAUAUAAAAAAAAUCACGAUGCAAAAUCCGGACUCGGGACAUGGAGAAUCCACCAAGAAUGCAUCUGGGUCGGUCCAUUCCGAUAAUAAGGCACCGAAUAGCGGAGAAAUUAAGCCACCGGGUUUUGACGCUGUAUCGGUUCUUUGGACAUUUGGCAAGUGCCUAGGUGCCUUGCUGCCCGUGUACCUUGCAGGAUACUACCGGGUUAGCGCCAGUUUUUUGGUUUUCGGGUUUAUGGUCUACACGGGAUGGAGGCACUCGCGCGAGGCAAAAGAAGCUCGUCUGCGGUCCGCCAUUCACCACUAUGACAACGAGAAACAAUAUACAUCCAUGAACAUUUUCAGAAGUAAAAAGGAUCUCCCUGCUUGGGUCAACUUCCCAGAUGUGGAGAAGGUGGAGUGGCUCAACAAGAUUCUGCAGCAGGUGUGGCCGUUUGUGGGUCAGUAUCUGGAAAAGUUGCUGGUGGAGACCAUCGCUCCCUCCAUCCGUUCCUCCAGCACUCACCUCCAGACCCUCACCUUCACCAAGGUGGACUUUGGGGACAAGGCCAUGAAGGUUGUGGGUGUGAAAGCACACACAGAGAAUGAGAGGGGACAAGUUCUGCUGGACGUGUACAUCAGCUAUGUUGGAAACGUUGAGAUUAAUGUGGAGGUGAAGAGGUAUUUCUGCAAAGCAGGAGUCAAGGGAAUACAGCUGCAUGGGAUGAUGAGGGUGAUUCUAGAGCCUCUGAUUGGAGAUGUCCCCAUCGUGGGCGCGGUCACCAUGUUCUUCAUCCGCAGGCCGAAACUGGACAUCAACUGGACUGGAUUGACCAACUUACUGGACAUCCCUGGCCUGAACAUCAUGUCUGACACUAUGAUAAUGGACGCCAUCGCCUCCUUCCUGGUUCUGCCCAACCGCCUGACUGUUCCCCUGGUAGCAGACCUGCACGUUGCCCAGCUACGCUCUCCUCUGCCCAGGGGUGUGGUACGUAUCCACCUCUUGGAGGCUGAUGACCUGCCAGCUAAGGACAACUACAUGAAGGGGGUGAUAGCGGGGUUAUCUGACCCGUAUGCUCUGUGUAGGGUGGGGCCUCAGACUUUCACCUCCCACGUUGUGGACAACACUGUCUGUCCCAAGUGGGGAGAGAUGUAUGAGGUCAUAGUCCAUGAAGUACCAGGUCAGGAGCUGGAGGUGGAGGUUUAUGACAAAGACCCAGACAAUGAUGACUUUCUGGGGAGAACCAAGAUAGAUUUGGGUAUCGUGAAGAAGUCCAAAGUUGUUGAUGAAUGGUUCACCCUGAAAGAAACCAAGUCAGGACGUGUCCAUUUCAGACUGGAGUGGUUGGUCUUGUUGCCCAAUACGGAGCGACUGGAACAGGUUCUUCAGAGGAACGAGAGCAUGACGGUGUCCAGUAAGACCUCUGACCCCCCCUCUGCAGCUAUCUUGGCAGUGUAUCUGGACAAAGCUGAAGCCCUUCCUAUGAAGAAGGGCAAUAAAGAACCUAGUCCCAUGGUGCAGUUGUCUGUACAGGACAUCACUCGAGAGAGCAGGACCUGUUGGACGACCAUCAACCCAAAAUGGGAGGAUGCCUUCACCUUCUUUAUCCCAGAUCCACACAAGCAGUCAAUAGACAUUCAGGUGAAGGACAAUGACCGGAUACAGACUCUAGGUAGUCUGUCCAUCCCUCUGUCCCGCCUGCUGUCGGGCCCCAACCUGUCUCUGGACCAGUGGUUCCAGCUAGACAAAUCUGGCCCUGCCAGCCGCAUCUACAUCAACACUGUACUCAGGGUGUUAUGGUUAGAUGAGGAAAACAUCCCCACUUGCUCUACAGAAGCAGCCAAACUAGCAGCAGGUCUCUCAAAGAUACGCCCCCAACAGACCUCCCCAGACCCCAGCUUUGCCACAGAGGGGGUGCUGAGAAUCCACCUUCUGGAGGGCCAAAAUCUGGUCCCCAAGGACAACAUGAUGGGGGGCAUGGUGAAGGGCAAGAGUGACCCCUAUGUCAAGAUCAACAUUGGGGGUGAGACCUUUGAAAGUCGAGUCAUCAAUAGGAACCUCAACCCCACCUGGAACGAGAUGUAUGAGGUGGUUCUGACCACACUGCCUGGCCAGGAGCUGCAUGUAGAGCUGUUUGAUAAGGACAUGGACAUGAAGGAUGACUUCAUGGGAAGGUUGAAGAUCAGUCUGAAGGAUAUCAUCACCUCUCAAUACACUGACCAGUGGUACACUCUGAAUGAUGUGAAGUCAGGUCGCCUUCACCUGGUACUGGAGUGGGUACCAUCAGUAUCACAACCAGACAGACUGGAUCAGGUGUUCCAGUUUCAGUCCAGGCAGUCUUACCACAACAAAGCCUUUCCAUCCAUGGCUCUACUGUUUGUGUUUGUGGAGAGGGCUGACGGCCUACCCCUGAAGAAAAGUGGGAAGGAGCCAAAAGUGGGAGCUGAACUUGUUGUGGGGGGGACCUCCCAUAAAACGACGGUGUGUGAUCGCACCAUCUCACCCCAGUGGGACGAGGCUUUUUACUUCCUGGUUCAUGACCCCAGAGAGGAGAUCCUCAUAGUGAAGUUGUCUCACAGUUGGACCUUGCCUAUUGGUUCUCUGGUGGUACCAGUCAGAGAGCUGCUGUCAGAACCAGAUCUGGUCCUGGAUCAGUGGCUGAAUCUGGAUGGAGCCUCACCUGAUAGUCAGAUUCUACUGAGGGCUGAACUGAAGGUGCUGUGUCCUAAGAAGUGUGAGAUUGAUGUGGAGAGGGCAGAUCAACCCAGAGCUCGAGCCGCAUCUACUGUUGAACAGAUACUGGAGAGAGACACAGUGCAGCAGAGGUGUAUUUCAGUGGACACUCCCAGUGCUCCAUCCCCCAGCCCUUCCUCUAUCCCAGCACCUGUACCAGAGCCAGAGGAGGCUAAGAGGGUAACAGUUACUGAGAUGGUACCUGAGGAGGUCACUGAGGAACCCUGUCUUCCUGGAACACUCCCAACACACACCAACCCUGAGCCCAGCUUUGGCUCUGAGGGGGUGCUGAGGAUCCACCUACUGGAGGCCCAGAAUCUAAUCGCCAAGGACAAUCUGAUGGGGGGCCUGAAGAAGGGCAAGAGUGACCCGUACGUCAAGAUCAACAUCGGAGGGGUCAAGUUUAAGAGUCAUCUGAUCAAGGAGAACCUCAACCCCACCUGGAACGAGAUGUAUGAGACGGUGAUGACCCCACAGUCAGAUCAGGAGGUCCAGGUAGAGCUGUAUGAUAAAGAUAUGGACAAGGAUGACUUCCUGGGCAGGUGUAACAUCAGUAUGAGAGACAUCAUACACUCCCAGUAUACAGACCAGUGGUACACUCUGAAUGAUGUGAAGUCAGGUCGUGUUCACCUGGUACUGGAGUGGGUACCAACAGUAUCACAACCAGACAGACUGGAUCAGGUGCUGCAGCUGCAGUCUCUCCAGUCCUACCAGAACAAGGCUGUUCCCUCUGCUGCUCUGCUCUUCGUCUACAUGGACAGAGCCCACUCACUGCCUUUGAAGAAAAGUGGGAAGGAGCCAAAUGCUGGAGCUGAGCUUGUUCUGGGAGAGACAACCUACAGAACCAAGGUGUGUGAUCGUACCAAUUCCCCCCAAUGGGAAGAGGCUUUCUACUUCCUGGUUCGUGACCCCAGAGAGGAGAUUCUCAUAGUGAAGCUCUCCAGUGCUUGGGAUCAGGCGAUGGGUUCUCUGGUGGUACCAGUCAGAGAGUUGCUGUCAGAACCAGAUCUGGUCCUGGAUCAGUGGCUGAGUCUGGAUGGAGCCUCACCUGAUAGUCAGAUUCUACUGAGGGCUGAACUGAAGGUGCUGUGUCCCAAGAAGUGUGAGAUUGAUGUGGAGAGGGCAGAUCAACCCAGAGCUCGAGCCGCAUCUACUGCUGAACAGAUACUGGAGAGAGACACAGUGCAGCAGAGGUGUAUUUCAGUGGACACUCCCAGUGCUCCAUCCCCCAGCCCUUCCUCUAUCCCAGCACCUGUACCAGAGCCAGAGGAGGCUAAGAGGGUAACAGUUACUGAGAUGGUACCUGAGGAGGUCACUGAGGAACCCUGUCUUCCUGGAACACUCCCAACACACACCAACCCUGAGCCCAGCUUUGGCUCUGAGGGGGUGCUGAGGAUCCACCUACUGGAGGCCCAGAAUCUAAUCGCCAAGGACAAUGUGAUGGGGGGCCUGAAGAAGGGCAAGAGUGACCCGUACGUCAAGAUCAACAUCGGAGGGGUCAAGUUUAAGAGUCAUGUGAUCAAGGAGAACCUCAACCCCACCUGGAACGAGAUGUAUGAGACGGUGAUGACCCCACAGUCAGAUCAGGAGGUCCAGGUAGAGCUGUAUGAUAAAGAUAUGGACAAGGAUGACUUCCUGGGCAGGUGUAACAUCAGUAUGAGAGACAUCAUACACUCCCAGUAUACAGACCAGUGGUACACUCUGAAUGAUGUGAAGUCAGGUCGUGUUCACCUGGUACUGGAGUGGGUACCAACAGUAUCACAACCAGACAGACUGGAUCAGGUGCUGCAGCUGCAGUCUCUCCAGUCCUACCAGAACAAGGCUGUUCCCUCUGCUGCUCUGCUCUUCGUCUACAUGGACAGAGCCCACUCACUGCCUUUGAAGAAAAGUGGGAAGGAGCCAAAUGCUGGAGCUGAGCUUGUUCUGGGAGAGACAACCUACAGAACCAAGGUGUGUGAUCGUACCAAUUCCCCCCAAUGGGAAGAGGCUUUCUACUUCCUGGUUCGUGACCCCAGAGAGGAGAUUCUCAUAGUGAAGCUCUCCAGUGCUUGGGAUCAGGCGAUGGGUUCUCUGGUGGUACCAGUCAGAGAGCUGCUGUCAGAACCAGAUCUGGUCCUGGAUCAGUGGCUGAGUCUGGAUGGAGCCUCACCUGACAGUCAGAUUCUACUGAGGGCUGAACUGAAGAUCCUGAACUCGAAGAUGACUGAGGGUGUUGGGGUACCACAAGGCUCUGUCUCAGGUCCAGAAACUAUUACUAGUUGGAGUUACAGUGAGGAGGAAGAACCAAUCACUAUUGAGCAGCCAGUUACUGCGACCAUUGAGGAGGACCAAGACAGUGAGGUGCCCUCUGAGGAAUCUGUUGCAGUCUCUAGCCAACCCUCUAUCUCUGAACCUGAGGAAGCAGAGGUUGUCUUUGAGGUCCCUAAAGAAGACCCCAGCCCUCCUGAGACACUCUACACCCCUGACCCCAGCUUUGAAACUGAGCAGAAAGAGAAGCCAGAAGAACCUAUCACCGUCACCCAACUGUCAGUCACAGCAGACACUGAGGAGCUCCAUCCCUGGCAGGGACCAACGGCAGGAUCUGUUACAGAGGACAUUUACAGAGCUACAGUGUCUAGCCUUCCUUCUGUGUCUGUACCUGAGGAAGCUGAGGUCAUGCCUGAUGUCAUCCCUGAAACACGCCCUCCUCACACUACCCCUCACCCAAGUUUUGGCACUGAGGGGGUGCUGAGAAUCCAUGUACUGGAGGCCCAGGAUCUGGUUGCCAUGGAUAAGCUGAUGGGGGGCCUGAAGAAGGGCAAGAGUGACCCCUAUGUCAAGAUCAACAUCGGAGUGGUCAAGUUUAAGAGUCAUGUGAUCAAGGAGAACCUCAACCCCACCUGGAACGAGAUGUUUGAGACGGUGCUGAACCCCCAGGCUGGUCAGGAGGUCCAGGUAGAGCUGUAUGAUAAAGACAUGGAUGCGGAUGACUUCCUGGGAAGGUUUAUGAUGAGGCUGAGUGAUGUCAUCAGUUCCCAGUACACAGACCAGUGGUACACUCUGAAUGAUGUGAAGUCAGGUCGUCUUCACCUGGUACUGGAGUGGGUACCAACAGUAUCACAACCAGACACACUGAAUAAGGUGCUGCAGCUGCAGUCUCUCCAGUCCUACCAGAACAAGGCUGUUCCCUCUGCUGCUCUGCUCUUCGUCUACAUGGACAGAGCCCACUCACUGCCUUUGAAGAAGAGUGGGAAGGAGCCAAAGGCUGGAGCUGAGCUUGUUCUGGGAGAGACAACGUAUAGAACCAAGGUAUGUGAUCGUACCAACUCCCCCCAAUGGGAAGAGGCUUUCUACUUCCUGGUUCGAGACCCCAGAGAGGAGAUUCUCAUAGUGAAGCUCUCCAGUGCUUGGGAUCAGGCGAUGGGUUCUCUGGUGGUACCAGUCAGAGAGCUGCUGUCACAACCAGAUCUGGUCCUGGAUCAGUGGCUGAGUCUGGAUGGAGCCUCACCUGACAGUCAGAUUCUACUGAGGGCUGAACUCAAGAUUCUGGAAUCUAAAAUGGUGGACCUGAUAGGUCAUGGAAUUAUUCCGUGUGCUGCAGGAAACUGUGGGCAGGUGAAGCUGUCUCUCUCCUAUGUCCUAAAGAAGAAGAAACUGACCAUCACAGUCCACGCCUGCAGGGAUCUGGAGUCGCCCAGUAAAGAAGGUCUAGACACCUACGUCUCCCUCAUGCUGCUGCCUGACAAAAACAAGGCCACCAAGAGGAAGACAAGCAUCAAGAAGAGAGACCUCAACCCAGAAUAUAAUGAAAGGUUUGAGUUUGAGCUGUCUGUGGAGGAGGCCAGGCGCAGGCAUCUGAGUGUGUCAGUGAAGAACAGCAAAGCCUCCUUCAGGAGCAGCAAUCUCAUUGGACAGGUGCAGAUAGAGCUGGCUCAGAUUGACCUGGCCUCAGGGGUUACAGAAUGGUUUGACUUGAAACAGGAAGCUGAAUAGUGGAUCUGUCAUACCACAGGGUUAAAGUUCACCUGUACAGCCUAACUCACGCCGAUGCCUUCCCCCACCUACCACUGCUGCAGCCUUCCCGGUCCUAUCACCUGUUAAUGUCUAUCUCUAAAUAUCCACAUAUCAAUAUUAUCACUAAAGACAGGGCUCAAUAGGUCAGAACCUGGAUUGAACCAGGAGAAAGUGUGUAUUAUAUAGUUUCAUCUGAAGUUUAUACCUAGUAUUAAUAGUUAAGGUCAAAAUGUGUACAUACUUAAAAGGUUGAAGGUUAUACCUGCAUACUUUAAGAACUGAUGAGGGUUAUAUCCGUUUAUUAAGGUUACAUUAAUAACUCUUUAGGGAUAUUUGAAGAUCAUAUGAAGGUUAUGUACGUUAAAGGUUAAUGUACUAAUGAACGAUAGCUACAUGCAUUUAUCUUGCUAAAGUAAUAUCAGUAAGGAAGGAGUUAAUAUUAUCAAGGUAAAGAGACUCUUGCCUGAUCCAGGAAGUGAAUAGGGACCAGCAUGCGUUGUCAGUAUACGGUAUCAGAUUGGUAUUAUCAAAUAACUUGUAAGCAAAGUAACAAUCAUUUUGAAAGAUAUCAGCGAAUUCCAUUAUAUUAUGGAAUGAUGUUUGCUGUGGAAAAUGGUUAAGCAUGUUAAUACUAAUAGAAGGAUAAUUAGGAAGUAAAAUGUUAAGUAUAGUAUGAGUCCUUGCGGAUUGAGAGAGAGAAAUCAGGUCCGGGACGAGGUCCGGUGAACAGUACACUUUAACCCAAAUAUUUUACUCAGUGUCUAGUUAGGAACCUCCCUUAUUAAAAGAGCAUUGAUUUUACUUUGCCUUAUAUUAUCACAGAGACUUCUAUAGUAUAUACUGUACCAAUGGGGCGUCAGGGUAGCCUAGUGGUUAGAGCGUUGGACUAGUAACCGAAAGAUUGCAAGUUCAAAUUCCCGAGCUGACUAGGUACAAAUCUGUCAUUCUGCCCCUGAACAGGCAGUUUAAGGAACCCACUGUUCCUAGGCAGUCAUUGAAAAUAAGAAUUUGUUCUAAACUGACUUGCCUAGUUAAAGGUUUAAAUAUAUAUAUAUGUAAACAGUACUGCCAUCCUUGUGAAAUUCAGCCAAUUAUCAAGGCACUCUGAUAUUACAGUUAUUCAUUUCUAACUAAUACAAAAAAAAGUAUAUCUGUUGCCAUUUGUAUUUUACUAAUUCAUUGUCAUACAUGCAUUCCAUUCUGCUACAUCAUAUAUUUUUACUUGCCCUUGUGUUGCUAUGCUGCUUUGUGUUUUACAUUUGUUUUGAUGUGUAUCUUUGUUUUUUUAACACAUUACAAUUGUGCAUAUAUUCAUCCUUUCUAGCAGGGUUGUGCUCAUUUCAGAAUGAAAGAAAUGCCUCAAAUUCCAAUCAAAUUUGGGAAUUUUAAUUGAAGUAGUAAAUGGGAUAUAUUCUUUGGUAUCCUGAAGUGUGACUUUCAGAUUCAAUUAAAUUUCAACGUAUGUUUUAUGACUGAAUAGAAUGUAUUUCAAUUGCACUGAAUUCAAUUCAAAUCUGAAAAAGAUGAUCCUAAAAUCAGUGUGCAUCAUGGCAGUCAAAUAAAGUUUUUGCACCCCA